AUGGUGAAGAAAAGUCUCGGUGGCUUAUUCAAUAGUAGCACCGAAGACUCUCAGUCCGAUAUACCACACUAUAUCAACAGGAGCAUUAAGAGUUAUCCACGAGGCUACCCGCGACUUGCCGCAAUAGUUGCUUCGAAUAGAGACUACUUAAUCAUCCGCCAAUUCGGGUACUUGCAUGCGAGGGUGCUACUAGAUCUUCAGGACAAGCUACAAGGGUACGAAGAAGAUCUUGAGAAACGCGACAGAGAGAGCCAUAGUGAGGGUGCCAACAGUCUGCCGUCGAUCCAGAAAAUGGACCUACUCAGAAAUAUUGAAGAGACAUUGAAGAGAUACAAGAUAAUGAUGGAUUAUGCUUCUUCUCCUCAUCUCCAGCAAGAUCCCUCCGAGACGGACAUCAAAAACUUGGGGGCCCUUUCUAACGUACAUGCCCCAUUCGCCAACGAGAAAAAGAAGUACUACCUGUACAAUGAGGAUCUCGUAUCACUGAACUCACAGGAAGACACGGCACGAGUGGAUGGGCUCCUUACGAAGCUCAUCUUCUACAAACCUAAUAAGCUGAUCGAGAAAAUUUUCAAGUACGAAGACAGCACCCACCAGAAUGAUCCAGUAUUCAUUAGCAAAACCAAAUUCAAUGCCGCUAUAGAAAUCAUUCUGGUCUUUACACUUAUUGUGGUUCUCGUAUAUGGCUAUAAGUUAAAGCACCCUUACAGGGGCCACCCUAGUGGGGGCCAUCUCAAAAACGCAACGCGUUUGCAAUAA